AUGCCCUCUCAGACUAGCAAACAAAAAGAUACGGAUUGGUCAUUUACCUUCGGGGGCGGCGAUUCUGAUGGGGAGGACGACGAGCCCCUGCCUCCUCCUCAGCCCAGGCAUUCAUUCCCGAAGCUCAAAGGGAAGGCCAAGGCAACAGACGCGCCGUCGGCCUCCUCUGCACCCAAACAGUCUAAUCCAUGGGACGCGGCAAGGCAAGCUGCUCUGUUGAAGCGUAAAGAGGCGGAAGGGAGAGCACAGGCAAAUUCUGAGUCUGGCGAACCACUGCCUAAGCAACCUCGAAUUGAGCCUAAGAAGAAGAAAGAGCUGGGACCAAUCGAACGCGGACUGAAACUGCAAUGGGAACGCGCUGAGGCGGAAAAGAAAGUCGAGCAUGAAACGCAGAAAGAUGUUGUACCCUCGCCUGCGCCAGUCCGUUCAUUGAAAGAGACCAAAUCAACGCAUAUACCUGGCUCUUCUGAGCAAAGCGCAAUCUAUCCUUCGCCUGCACCUUCAGCGGCUGGAAGGCACUCGGAGAUUCCUUCCAUGCAAAUGUCUGGCUCUCCCCAACACGGUGCUUCUCCGCAUCCCCCUGGACCGGCGUCUGCUUGGGGGUAUCCGUACCCGCCUAUUCCUGGACCGCGAGACGGCAUCUUCCCGUAUCCUGCCCAGGGAUCCAGCUCAUCCCCUGCUCCUCCUGCUCUGCUUUAUCCUGGUUAUUACCCUGGUUAUAUGCACGCUCCUCCUGUACCUCCGAACUCUCCUUGGCAACACACACCACCUGCUCCUGCUACCCAUCUUCUCCCGCCGUUCCGAUCGUCUCCUCAUGCUCCAAUAGCCUCCGGAAGUUCGGGUCAUAGCAGUCCUUUUACGCCUCCGAUAGCCCCGUAUAUGCGCCCAUCUCCUGAUGCAUAUCGUCCAGCACUUCAGAGCCCAUUGUCUCUUGAGUCUCCCCGCUCUCCUUAUACCAGUCCGGGACUGGCAGGCCGCAGAGGAUCGAGCGUCAAUACUGUCCGUAAUAUCCUUAAGGAUGCCCUACAUUCUGCGUCAUCCAGAGAUACUGUCGAAUCGCACCAUGGAAUGGUCGACCCAGAGGCAGCGUACCGAGCAAGCCUGAAACAAGAUCAGGUACCGGGGGACCCACACGCACUGCUUAGCUCAUUCGCUUAUACGCCACAACCCAGUUCCUCAUCAACUCCACCUCCUGAACGCAACCUCCGUUCCGCACAGACGUUUCCUCAAUUUUCCAACCCCGUUGUCUCAGGUCAACGUUCCUCCCCCGUAUCACCUGCUCGUCACCCACGUAAGGGGAAGUCAAGGUUCGCUACGCGACAUGAGGAUAGACCACGCAGCUCCGCCUUGUCGACUUCCUAUUCUUCUCCUAGCGAUGGCUCUUCUCGCCUCAUACCUUCUUCUCAUCCUUCUAUGGGGAACUCAGACGAGACGUGGUCCACAUUUGAGGAAAAGGCGAAACGUCCUGCUAAAGCGGUCUCUUCGGGCGCUUUUCUGAUGCCAGACGUGUUUCAUUCUGGGCCGAAGGUCAAAGUUGUCAAAGAAGUGGGCGACAAAACUAUCAGGAUUGGUUACCGGCCAAGUGGCAGAAAGCGGAAACUUGCUGAGGAAGAGGUCACACCACCUGAUGAAGCAAAAGGGCCGGCAUGGAAGGUUCACCUGCUGACUCCUAAUGCGGCUCCUUUGGCGACUAAGAUUGUGGCCUCCCUGCCCAAAGGGUUGACAGUGUCUUCAGAUGUGAACGAGAGACUGAGUUCUCCGACUUGGCCGACCCAACGCUCCCAUAUGACUCCUCAGUCACGAUAUGACACCAACGAAGCGGCGCGGACAGACGUCAGGACAGCAGAUGAUCCCAGUUCCGAAACGUUGUACGACCCACAUGGGUCUAUUUCUAAUAGGCACAGUAAGUCCGCCGACGCGGAAGAUCCUCCCCACCGAUCAGGAUCCACGGCGCACAUUUCCAUGGAUGACAUUACACGGACAUACCCCUCUACGCGGCAAGCGAUUGCGCAGCGGGAGGCCGAGUACGAGAAGCUUGUUGAUACUCUUGGGCUUGACUCGGCUGGAUUGGUCUGGCAGGAUGAUGAACCGGAUGGAGGGAGGCGGUUCAAGACUGUGGGAAAGGGGUUGCCGAGGGAGUAA